AUGCAGUUGCAGAUGCUGAGACGAUGCAGGCCGCCGCGGUUGCGUCAGCUAGCUAGAGCGUGUGGUGUCAGCGUACGGCGGCGCAUCCUGAUCGGCGACUCCAGCGUCAGCAAGUCCAACCUGCUCUCACGCUUCACGCGCAACGAGUUCAGCCUCGAGUCCAAGUCCACCAUCGAUGUCGAGUUCGCCACCCGCUCCCUCCAGGUCGACGGCAAGGUUGUCAAGGCCCAGAUUUGGGACACCGCCGGCCAGGAACGGUUCGUAGUUGUAGCUUAA